AUGGCAAUUACAAAAUGUUCAGUUAUUAACAUUUUGUUGUUGUUACUUCUGUUCUAUCAAGAAUGUUCAAGCUGUCAAAAAGCUCUAAAUAAUGGCAACAAGAACUAUGGAUUAAACGAUGAUGAAUUAGGGGCAAUACUAUUCGGGCUUAAUUAUGACUCAAUAGCCAAAAAUAAAGACAAUUUGGAAAAAAGGAAAAAUGUAGAACAUGAAUCCAUAUUCCUUCGUAAUUUUUCCAAUGAAGACACAUCGAAAAACACGCCGAGUGAAAAGGCUCAAAAAGUAAUUGAAACUGAAAGUGCAAAUAGCAACAAAACAGAUGUUGCGACUUCACAGAAGAAUGACACAAGCAAUAAGAACUCGUCCGUUAAAAAUGAACAGGUUGAACUAAAGAAUGAUGAACUGUUACGUACAAAUUUUGAGGACAAAGUAAACAAAAAGGGAGAUAACACAAGCUUUACUAAUAAUCAUGAUUUAACAAAUAGCAGUGGAAAACAAAGUGUAGAAAUUAGGGAAUCCAAAAAUAUAAAUAACUACGUACAAAAAACAGGUGACAUGAAUAUAGAAAAAUCCGAGUCUCUGCAAAAAGAUGUAAACAUUAAAAAUCGUAAUGAAGAAGCUAAUGACGCGAAAAGGUUAGAUAGCGGACAAACAAACAAUGAAAACAGUAAAAUAUCGAAAGACACCAUUGAUAAAGGUAUUGAAUCGAAUGAGCUCACAAAUUUGGCCAAUAACAGGUUAGAUAAAAAAUCUGAAGGGUUAGCUAGAAAACAAAAUGAACUCAAAAGUGCCAAUUUGGAAGAGAAUCAGAAUGCAAAAAAAGACUUAUUAAAGAAUGCCUCCAAAAGAGAACAUGGCAAACAAAUAACUAAUCCUGAAAAUUCCAAUAGUGAUCAGCAUGGUGUGAAAGUUUCACUAAAUAAUGAACAGAUAAAAAAUACAAACACUGAGAGUAUACCCCAUUCUGAAGAUCAUAGUAGCAGGUAUUCAGGAGAACAUUUCGGUACGCACGUUGCGAAUUCCCAACAAGACAUGCUGAAAAAUAUAAAACCAGUGCAAUUCAAUGAAAGCGCAUACGGUAAUUUAAAUCAUGGCUUUCCUGAAUAUGACGAAAAUGAAAUUUUAAACAAAAUAAACAAAAACAAUGAAAAUGUCUUUUCCGAAAAGAUAACUUUAAGAAAAGGUAACAAAGACAGAAACGAAUAUGAAUACUUCAAGUUGAAAAGUAAUGACUUUAAAGUAUUAGGAAUAAUAAAUAAAUAUUCCUCAAGAGGGGGAUUGUCCAUAUCGGUUGACUGCGGAGGGUAUGACGAUUUCGAUGAAGUUCCAGGAAUUUCUAACUUAUUGCAGCAUGCUAUUUUUUAUAAAUCUGAAAAAAGAAACACAACCCUAUUAAGCGAAUUGGGAAAGUAUUCAUCAAAAUAUAACAGCAAUACUAGUGAAUCCUUUACUAGUUACUAUGCAACUGCCCAUUCUGAAGACAUUUACCAUUUGCUUAAUUUAUUUGCACAAAAUUUGUUUUACCCUGUAUUUAAUGAAGAGCAUAUACAAAAUGAAGUUAAAGAAAUUAAUAAUAAAUACAUUUCUAUAGAAAAUAAUCUUGAAUCUUGCCUGAAAAUUGCUAGUCAGUACAUCACAGAUUUUAAGUAUUCGAAGUUUUUCGUCAAUGGAAACUACACCACCUUGUGCGAAAACGUUUUAAAGAAUAGGCUAAGCAUAAAAAACAUUUUGACUGAAUUCCAUAAAAAAUGUUAUCAGCCAAGAAAUAUGUCACUGACAAUACUGCUAGGAAACAAGGUAAAUACUGCAGAUCACUACAACAUGAAAGAUGUUGAAAAUAUGGUUGUCCACAUAUUUGGAAAGAUAAAAAAUGAGAGCUACCCCAUUGAUAGGGAUAUUAUAGAGAAACAAAUUAAUCGUAUGGAAUCAGAAAGGGUACAUUUUAAUGGGAAAAAAGACAGUUACAAUGAUGCAAAUUUCAUCUACAUGCAGAGGCGAAAUGAAAAGGAAGCUGCCUUUGUCCAAUCUAUGAAUGAGCUUCAUUACUCGCUUGAUUUAAACCAGAAUAGCAGGUAUAUUGAAAUCAAAAAAACAGAAGACUGGGGGGAUCAACUUUACCUAUACUGGAGCUCCAGAACUAAUGCUGAGUUGUGUAAAAAAAUUGAAGAGUUUGGAUCAAUGACAUUUUUACGUGAAAUAUUUUCUGAUUUCAGAAGGAACGGAUUUUAUUAUAAAAUAUCUGUGGAAAAUAAAUAUGUCUAUGAUUUGGAAGUUACGAGUAUAUGUAAUAAAUAUUACUUCAAUUUCGGAAUAUUUCUAAAAUUAACACAAAAGGGCAAAAGUAACCUCGCUCAUUUGAUACACAUAUGCAACGUGUUCGUUAACGAAAUAAGCAAAUUAUUUGAUCCUGAUAGUUUAGAUAAAGGUAUAAGUAAAUACCUGCUUGACUAUUACAGGGAGAAGGCAUUGGUCACUGAUUUGAAUUUUAACAGUGAUAAUGUUAAUGUAAGCCUUAACGAUUUAGUAAUUUAUUCGAACAGACUACUGGUUUACGGUGAUGACCCAUCGUCCCUUUUAACCAUUCAUAGUUUAAUUGAAGACAAGCAUAAAAAUGACUUUCGCAAUCACAUUAAAAUAACAAGUUUGGUGGGAUCUCUAAUUAGAAAUGAUAAUUUAAAUAUUAUAAACGUUGUAGAUGCAUUCAGCCUAACAAACCAGAGUCAAAUUCCGAACACUACUAUAACGUAUGCUUUGGGGGAAAAUCCAUAUUUGGUUGGUGAAGGGGGGGUUACAAACGAUGUAAAUAUUGCACUUCCAGAAAUACAAGUUUGCCCUUUCAACAACUUUGACCAUAACAACGUUUUACAUGAAGAACCAUUUUUCUGUGUCCCAUACAGCAAUCGAGAAAACUUUGAAUUUUCAGACACUAAACCAAUGUUUGUGUCUGAGCAAAAUAAGAAUGAGUUCAGAGCUAGCGUUUUGUAUAGCAUGCCUUGUUUGAUUAAAUCAUCCUACGGGUACAAUGUUUAUUUUAAAAAAGGUCUAACAGAUGCUUCAAAAGUGAAAGCAGAUUUCAUUUUUUAUUUCCCUUCUGAAAAGUUUACUUUUUAUGAAGCUAUCUUUUCCCGUAUACACAUUAUAAUUUUGAGGAAAAAAAUAAAACUUUUCCUCACUGAUUAUGCUAGCUGUUCGGUAAAUGUGCAUAUCAAGCAGAACACAGAAUCGUACACUGUACACGUGGACACUAACAGCUAUUAUUUCGCAGAAUUGUUUAGCAAACUAGGGGACCUGUUAUCAGUGACAGAAACUCCCUCCAAAGAAGAAUUUGCCGAUGCUUAUGAUGAGUUAAAUAUGUACGUCAGAAGUAGCAGAAAAUUGGGAGCAGCAAAUUCGUUAAAAAUUAUGCAUUCCCUAUUUAACCAAUAUGAGCCAACGGACAAAGAAAUGGAUGACCUUUUAAGCGCAUACUUUUUUUAUCCCUCAUAUAAGGAUUACACCAAAUAUGUAGUUGAUUUUUUUCAUAGAAAUUAUGUUAGCAUAUUUAUAUAUGGAAAUAUUGCAAUGACGACGGAAAAGGAUAACGAAAAUGCAAGUAGCUACACUAACCAGAAUGCUGACAAUGGGGGUGGACACAGAUCGAGUCUGAUGCUUUACGCCCAGGCGAAUAAUAAAGGCAGUGCUUCACAGUGGGACAAAAGAGAUAACAGUCUACACGCGAAAAAAAAGCUCGGAGAACAGGCGUUUGUAGCAGAUUCCAUUCAAAUAUCUCACAACGGGGUAGGGAUAGAAUACUUAGUUAACCUGUCGGAGUCAUUCAUAAAGAAAGUGACCAAUGGAGUUGUAAGACGAAGCGAGUCCACGUACUACACGAGCAAGUUAGUUCAUAAUGAAGAUGUCGAAAUAAAUAUCCCCCAUAUGUCUCAAAAUGGGAGCAGCUCAAUAAUAGUGUCCUACACAAUUGAAUCAGAAAGUAUGUUAAGCGACGUUUUAAUUAACAUUAUCGUGGAUUUAAUAUCAUCCGACUUUGUUAAAGUUUCUAAACUAAGAUAUAAUGAUGGUUACAUGGUUGAAGUAAAACCAUUCUUCACGCGCAAUGGAUUAAGUGGAUUGCUUUUUGUUAUUGAGAGUUUUGACAAGGAUGUUGAAAAACUGGAGGCACAUAUAUGCACCUUUGUAAAAUAUGUGAUAUUCCAACUGAUGAACAUUGGAAUGUCUGAUAUGGUGAAAAAGCUAGAAUCCAUGAAGGAGUAUUAUAUCAUAAAUAACACCAUAUUUACGUUCGACCAAGAAUAUGCGUCCAUAACGGAUCAGCUAACCUCUGGAAUGGAGUGCUUUGACAAAAAAUACAAAAUUAUAAAAAUAUUCGAUGAAUUAAUUAAUUGCCCCAAAAUAAUUUUGAAUAAAAUGAACGAUAUUUUAAAAAACUCCAAAAAGGCAAUUUUUAAGGAAUAUAAAGAAGUUCAAGAGUCUUCUAGCAAAAGCGACCAAGUUGACAAUGUGAACUCAUACAUGUGCAAUUAUUCCCGCAAGACACCUGCGAAAUUGUCAAGUGUGCAACUGGCAGCGAAUUCUCGGUUGGUUAAGAAAAAGCAACAAAAACAGAGAACUUUGCGCAAUGACACAUUUAGGAUGAGAAAAUUACACAAAAAGGAGAAUUUCAUUAAUGUGUCAAAUUUCGUUGAGAUAAAAAGGAAAGGGUUCUUUCAGUAUGUUAUCGAUUAUUUUAGGAGUAACGUGAACUCGCCCUUGAAUGACAGCAAUUAUCUGGACUUUAAAAGCUGCGACGAAGAAAUGUCCAAAAGCAACUUCCGCAUAUUUGACAAUUUUGCCAAUGACGUAAAUAAAAUAAGGGAGUACUUUCUCCUUAAAUUUUCCAGCGAUAAAGAAAUUAGGGACAAGUGCUCCGUAGAUUAUGAUGAAAUUAGACAGUAUUGCAGUGAACACUAA